CAGUGUCACCAUGUCUGAUUUAGAAGAUCAUGGAGGCCAUCAGGAUGAAGAAGAUGAGGAGCAGGGAGAGGGAGGUGAGGCUGUGAUGAUGAACUGUGGUGAUUUAAAUGACCUUUCCUUAGAAGUAACACAUUCACAUACAGCAACCUGUCUGUGAAAGCGUCUGCACAGGAGAACCCUUGAAAUGUAAAUACUGAUAUACAUCCUGUAAUCCCUCCAGGAUGUAUCGUCAGGAGCAUGGUAAACCACAACUUGAAUUUACAUUAAAACAGGAGCAGGAAACAUUAAACCCUACCACGCAGUUACAGUAUAAAAACUGCCUUUUUGCCUAUAGAGUUAAACUUGUAUUCAGUUAUCUGUUGUGUUUUCAAAUCGAACUCGUGUUAUAAAAAAUGAUCUGAUUCACUUUUAUUUGUGGUCCUGGCUGCCAUGUUAAAGAAGAACGCCCCAAAUACAAGUAAGACAACAUGGAAACACUUCAUAUAAAAAAACAGUGUCAGAUAUUACCACUGAAUGCAUCGCAAAGAUGUAAAAAUAUCAUUCCUUUAUGUUCAUAUGCCCUCAUGUUAUUUUACAGGCCGGUCACACAGCUCGCUGCCCCUAAAAUCCCUGAGGGGGAGAGGGUUGACUUUGAUGACAUCCACAGGAAAAGGAUGGAGAAAGAUCUUCUGGAGCUGCAGACUCUGAUUGACGUCCAUUUUGAGCAGAGGAAGAAAGAGGAGGAGGAGCUGAUUGGACUCAAAGACAGGAUUGAGAGCCGCCGGGCAGAAAGAGCUGAGCAGCAGCGUGUGAGGGCUGAAAAAGAACGGGACAGACAGACACGCAUUGCGGAGGAGAGACAGAGAAAAGAAGAUGAAGAGGCGAAGAAGAGGGCUGAUGAUGAGGCCAAGAAGAAGAAAGUGCUCUCCAACAUGGGGGCUCACUUUGGAGGCUUCCUGGCUAAGGCAGAGCAGAGGCGAGGCAAAAAGCAAACUGCGAGGGAAAUCAAGAAGAAGACUCUGGCAGAGAGACGCAAGCCAUUGGCCAUUGAGACCCUGAGAGAGGACGGCCUGAGAGAGAGAGCCAAGGAGAUGUGGGAAUGUAUCUACGAGCUGGAGUCAGAGAAAUUUGACCUGACUGAGAAAAUGAGGAGACAGAAGUAUGAGAUCAACGUUCUCCUGAACAGAAUCACACAUGCUCAGAAAUUCAAAAAGGUCCAUGGUAAGGGGAAGGUCGGAGGACGCUGGAAGUGAACUCAUACAGGAGGCACAAUGAAACAAGAAGAUGGUUCACAAGUUUUAGGAGUUCUGCAGAGAGUUCUGCGUGGCAUUUACUGAAAUACAUCCACUCGCAAUUGCAUCUGUAAUUAUUAAAAUGCACGGAUACAUAAAUUUAACAUUCUUUCUCAGUGUCAUUAAAUUGGAGAUGAAAUCGUUUAGAUGGUUUAGAUGGUAAACGUCCAAUAUGAGAGAAAAAUAAAUUCAGAUGUUGAAAAUGA